GACGGUAGCGGCGGCGCAGGGGCAGUGUGCGGUCGCGUAUCCUCGACUCUCUCCGCGUCGAAAUGUCUGGAAUCUUCAAAAUUAGGACUAGACUCCACUUGCUACCUUCCUUUGGGAGAUCUCUACCAAGGGAGCUUUCAACAAGAUUGUGGAAAAGAGAAGACACGUGCCUACCCCAUUGCUUUGGGACCCAUAUGUUCUUACAACCACAGAGAUGGCAACCUGACAGUGCUAAUUUUUAUCCUGGGACAGGGCUGGCACCGUACAGAUGUACUGGCAGCUUAACCCCCACCAACAGAGUCUUGGACAAGUCGAUGAUUGAGAACAAAGAACAGUUCAAACUGGUCUACAAGUUUCCAGGAAUUAAAUAUUGUAGAAUAUUUUCAAGAAUGAAGUUGCUACAGACUGCUAUAACCAUAGUCAUCCUCCCGCCUGUCUAUCACCUCUAUCUGCAGGAACAAGUUUCUCAGGCUUUUGUGUUGUAUGUCACUGGCAUUGCUUGCUUUGCUGCUGCAAUGCUGUAUGGUAUAAGUUAUUUUCUCAGACGAAUGAUUGGACUGAUGUACUUAAAUGAAGCUGGCACCAUGGUAAAAGUGGCACACUUGACAUUUUGGGGAAGAAAGAAAGAAAUUUAUUGUCCAGUUGAAAGUGUGAUGACCUUGGAUGACACUGGAGAUGCCAAGAAUGAAGUACUGCUCCAGUUUAAACAGCAUAAUAGUACACAGGUUUUAUAUUUUACUCUAACAUUUGGCCAUAUUGUGGAUAAACAGAGGUUUGCCCAAAUAUUUGGAGGAUUUUAGUAACUCAUUAGAUGCAAUGACCAACAUUUUCCAAGAGUCUAGCUUGUUUAAUGUUUUCCAUUGCUCUUCAUGCUGAAUUCAUCACAUCCAUAGCUUAAUAGAUUUGUAAGCACUCAAAUACAAAACCUCUAUGAGCAAAUAUGCACAGCUGUGUUUGGAUAAAGGGGAUACAGUGAUGUAGCAACCCACUAGAUAGAUGUUCCUGUACAACUAGUUUCAGAUGAAAGCGGAAUCUUAUCCUACACACAACCAUUAUGUAAAGAAAUAUAGUUUAAUACUCAUGUCUGAUGGUAACUUACACAGUUGAAAUCUUAAUUGUUUCACCUUAAUGUGCAGUUGGGCAUGGUGGUGGUGGUGGUUUUUGUGUGUGGCUCUCUCAGCUUGGCUUUCAGACUGUAGGAUGGCAGUUAAAAAAUAUUUAUUGGUAAAACUGAGCAAAUAUAAUUUGCGAUCAUAGAUACAACCGUAGCAGCCCACAGUGCCAUUUUUAGUCUCUUGUGAGACUGCACUUCCAAUUUAUAUCAAAUUUUGAUCAGGAAAGUCUUAAUUAUUUAUAUUAACAUGAAAUAUUAGUAAGUUAUUAAAACGGUAUCCUGGUACAAGGAUUUGCAAAAAUAUUGUCAUGGGGAUGCGGUGGAAUUGCUUGCUCAGUCCCUUGUCUUCUGGGCUGGCACCAACUGGGAAGUGUGCCACUCACUUUUUUCUUUAACAGUUCUUCUGUCAGAUCAAAACGUGUUAAUAGGAUCCUGAGUGAACUUUGGCCAUUGUUCAUCUGUGGCUUGUGGGUUCAGUGCUUGGAUGAUCUUCACAAGGCUCUAAGCCUUGCUUGGAGAAAAAUAUGUUGCAAGAGAAUAUCUACUUCAACUAUGUGAAAGCAAAUAAAGUAGCUGAACAGUGUCUCAAGAGCCCUACUAAAGCAUUUUAACUUGUGUACACAGUGAAAAGGAUCAAAAAUUCUGAAGAGAAGUAUCUUACAUUAGUACUAUUUACAGACACAUCGAGGUCUCUGUUCAAGUUUAAAAAACAUUUUCUUACCCUGGUCUAUAGACAAUAUCUUAGGUUAUUAAAACAGAAUUUUAAGCAUUUAUUUUUCAGUGCUUAUGCUCUGUUGGGAUUUUCUUUUUCAAUUUAACCAAUUGAAACGGUCAAUUUCAUUUUCUUAGGCGUAGCAUCGUAAUAUGUGGGUUGCAAAAACCGCAGGGAAAUGGUUAUUUUUAAAAGAUUUACAUUAGAACAUAAAGAAUCAUGGAAAUAUUUGAAUUGGGCUGAGAUUUUAUAAAAAGUGUGUGCAUGCACAGCUUCAUUUCAUCACUGGUUGGGAUCUUUCAACAGCAACAGUGCCCAUACAGGAGCUAAAUGGCACAUCAGUUCAAAAUAUCCUUUCACUGACUGGACUACAGUUAGAAUAAAUUUGCUUUUUUGCUGUGUACUGUACUUAUCACAAAUUAAAAAACCCAAAGUUGUACUGUAUAAAGUUUUAACAGACUCCAGUUGUGUUGCUUACUGAUAUAGAAUGACAGAUAAUUAAGCAGAUUUAUACAGCACAGUAUGUAUUUUAAUAAAAAUGUAAUGGCUACCUUUAUUACUAUCAUGUGAAAAAUUAAAAGUGUUAACACAAGCAA